AUGUGGUGUUAUGUGGGGAAGGCGACCAAGAUCUUCAUCUUCCUCCUCACGGCGUUCGUCGUCAUCGGCCUCGUCUUGGGAUUCGGGCUAAUCCGCCACUCCAUCCGGAAGGCCCACAACUGCUCCGGCGAUUCCUGCCCCCAGACCACCACCACCAGUCCCACUCCCAAUCCCAUUCCCAUUCCUAGCCAGUACCCACCUCCCAAUCCAAAUCCGGCGCCCAACCAGUACCCACCUCCAUACCCAAAUUCUAACCGCUACCCACCUCCCAUCAACAACCUCAACCCACCGCCUCCGGCGCCCACCACGGCGGCGCCGCCCUCCUACAGCCCGCCGAGCCCGCCGUUCACUCCGGCUCCAAGUGCGCACUGA